AUGCUCUGCAAAUGCGCUCCUUACACGACGAUUAAUGGUGGUGGGGUGCUGUCAACACCGGUGCGGACGUACAUCCAAAAACUCACAGUUGCGUCAGAGCAACUUCUAGCACCUAGCAUUGUCCACAACUCUAUGCCAACAACCUGGAUCAGUUAUAAAGCGACGUACGGUACGAUCGCACGUCUCCAGGGCGAUGUCAUACGCCAGCACCUGCGCAACCAGCGUCAGCAUCUCCGGAGACAUCUCGAGUCAAUUGCACGGCGGAUACUCUCACCCCUUGCCCGCUCGUGGCAAGCCGAGAGACAAUUGACAAAGUCAAUGCUCAUAUACCCCUCUUCGUAUCUGACCAGGACGACGAAGAAUCCAUCAUCCCCUCCCUCCCCGACCAACACCGCCGCGGCAUCAACAAACUCGUCCCCACCUCGAACCCCUCAUCCGCAAGGGCCUCAAAUCCGUGAUCCUCUUCGGCGUCCCCUCGCCCCCGGCUCCAAAGACGCCCUCGGCACCUCCGCCGACGACCCAAAAGGCCCCGUCAUGGCCGCCAUCCGUCUUCUCCGCCAGCGCUUCCCCCAACUCUUUAUCACCGUCGACGUCUGCCUGUGCGAAUACACAUCCCACGGUCACUGCGGCAUCCUCCGCGAUGACGGCAGCUUGAACAAUCAGUUGUCCGUUGAUCGUAUCUCCGAUGUCGCUGUCGCAUAUGCCCAGGCCGGCGCCCACUGCGUCGCUCCGUCAGACAUGAACGAUGGCCGUAUCCGCGCUAUCAAGCUCAAGCUCAUCGAAGAGGGUAUCGCCCACAGAGUCGUCUUGAUGUCCUACGCUGCCAAGUUCUCCGGCUGCUUAUACGGACCCUUCCGCGACGCAGCUGGAUCCGUCCCGUCGUUCGGAGACAGGAAGUGCUACCAACUCCCCCACGGAGGACGUGGGUUGGCGCGCCGCGCGAUGCACAGAGAUAUUGCUGAGGGGGCGGACAUUAUUAUGGUCAAGCCUGCUGGACAGUACCUUGAUAUCAUCAGCGAUGCUAAGGAGAUCGGGAAGGAUAUGCCAGUCGCGGCGUAUCAGGUCAGCGGCGAAUACGCCAUGAUCCAUGCAGCUGCCAAGGCAGGUGUCUUUGAUUUGAAGGCUAUGGCUUUUGAGUCUACGGAGGGCAUUUUGAGGGCUGGUGCUACGAUUGUUGUGUCGUACUUCACUCCACGCUUCUUAGACUGGCUGGAGUCUUAG